AUGUUGAAGUGGACAUUAUCAUUCUUCCUGAUCUUCCAUAGCGCAUUCAGCCUUACCAGAGAAGAACUUGUGGAACAUUUGAAAGAGAAACAGGAGACAAGAAAUACUUUUGACUCCCGAGUGCCUCGACUGAUUCGACCGAUUGGAUACGUGGAUGAGGAGCCUAUCUGGCCACGUGUGUUGGAAACUGUGAAGUCCGAGGCGGAACUAUUCUUCGAUGAUGACAAUUUUGCCUAUCGGAUCGCACCACAUCGUGAUGCCGUUUCUUUGAUUCGUAAAAUGGACAACGAAGAAAACUACAAUAAAGUUCUCAAGUUCCUAGAAAAGUAUGUGUAG